CACGGCAACCCCGGCCGUGCUACGCGAAAGCAGGGGCGGGCUAUUAAAGGCAAGUCUCGCGAUAGCUGGCCCUCUUCCUCGGCCGCUCUUCACCCAGUGAUAGGCCAUGUUUAGCAGCAGCGCCAAAAUUGUGAAGCCUAAUGGCGAAAAGCCGGAUGAAUUCGAAUCUGGCAUUUCUCAGGCUCUUUUGGAGCUCGAAAUGAACUCUGACCUGAAGGCACAGUUAAGGGAAUUGAACAUUACUGCUGCAAAGGAAAUUGAAGUUGGCAGUGGCAGAAAAGCAAUCAUCAUUUUUGUGCCAGUACCCCAACUGAAGUCCUUCCAGAAAAUUCAAGUGCGACUUGUGCGUGAACUUGAAAAGAAAUUCAGUGGUAAACACGUUGUCUUCAUUGCACAGAGGAGAAUCCUACCAAAGCCAACCAGAAAAAGCAGAAACAAGAAUAAGCAGAAGCGUCCCAGAAGUCGUACAUUGACUGCAGUGCAUGAUGCAAUUCUUGAAGACCUGGUAUUCCCUAGUGAAAUUGUGGGCAAGAGAAUUCGUGUGAAACUGGAUGGAACAAGGCUCAUCAAAGUCCAUUUGGACAAGGCGCAACAGAACAAUGUAGAACAUAAAGUGGAUACAUUUUCUGCUGUAUACAAGAAGCUAACAGGCAAAGAUGUUGUAUAUGAAUUCCCAGAGUUCCAGCUGUAAAUUCUGCAGAAUGAUUUAAAUAAAACAAGAGUUUGGUCAUAAA